AGAAUCACUUGUCAGUUUAUUAGACGAUUCUGUCAAAGUAGGCAGCUGUUUAUGUUUUGUAUAAUUAUUUUACGAGUGUUUUGCAUAACUAUUUUACCGUAUUGUUUAUAAGUCGCUAUAUAUCGCUUUUAAGAUUAUAAAGUGACACAUAUUCUUGAUAAUUGCAUUCAUUCGAACCAUGUCAGAUGUCAAGAGGUGAAUAAGCUGUGUUUUGUGUCAACGUGUGAGUGACAGUUUUUUAUAUUGUUUGGGAUUUGGUGCGAUAAACAUAAACGGUACGCUAUAUGUUUUAUGCUGAUGUUUGUCUGCUAGACAUAAUAUAACAGGUGGUCGAGCGAUGAGAACAUAUUCGGAACGGAUCUUCUUGUGAUUUAUGACGCGUUGAAGUGUUGAAGCAAAAUCGAGUGGACGCGUGAGUCGGUUCGUGAGUGUGCUAAUGUUGUGAUCGAGUGCUCGCAAGGUUUCUGUCAUGGUGUUGUCAUGGCGCGCGCUGGCUUUGCUGGCAGCGCUGCAGGUGUGCGCGAGUGUGCGCGAGACGACGUAUCACAACCAUUUCGCCGUACACGUGCCCGCUGGCGAGCAGCACGUAGAUGACAUCGCCAGAAGACACGGCUACGUCAGUCAUGGACAGAUCGGUGCCCUCAAAGGAUACUACUUAUUAUCUCACCACAAUGUCCACAAGAGAUCGACGGAACCGAGUCAUGAUCAUCACCAGAAACUUAUCAAUGAACCUGAGGUGAAAUGGUUCGAGCAGCAACGCGAGAAGCGGCGAAUCAAACGAGACUACAAUCCGUACGAAACGUCGCUGUGGUCACAAUUAUCGCGAAGGCAGCCCUCGCAUCGGACGAGACAUCGAGCGAUCACACCGUCGCCUUUUUUUCCGGAUCCAUUGUUCAAGGAACAGUGGUAUUUGAACGGUGGCGCAAAAGAUGGUCUUGACAUGAACGUAGCUUCCGCCUGGCAGAAAGGUUAUACAGGCAAAAAUGUCGUUGUAUCUAUUUUGGAUGAUGGUAUUCAAACGAAUCAUCCGGAUCUCGCGCAAAACUAUGAUCCUCUUGCUUCCACGGAUAUAAAUGGAAACGAUGAUGAUCCGAUGCCUCAAGACAAUGGUGAUAAUAAACACGGCACGCGAUGCGCUGGUGAGGUCGCUGCAGUAGCUUACAAUCAGUAUUGUGGAGUUGGUAUCGCCUACAAUGCAAGUGUAGGUGGGGUGCGGAUGUUGGAUGGUGUUGUAAAUGAUGCAGUAGAAGCUAGAGCAUUGGGUUUGAACCCCGAUCAUAUCGACAUAUAUAGUGCAUCAUGGGGACCAGAAGAUGAUGGAAAAACCGUUGAUGGACCGGGACCAUUAGCGAGAAGAGCAUUUAUUUAUGGAGUUACUAGUGGCAGACGUGGGAAAGGAAGUAUAUUUGUGUGGGCUUCGGGAAAUGGUGGACGUCACACAGACUCUUGUAAUUGUGAUGGUUACACAAACAGUAUAUUUACUUUGUCAAUAUCAAGUGCAACUCAAGGUGGAUACAAGCCAUGGUAUUUAGAAGAGUGCUCAUCUACUUUAGCCACUACUUACAGUUCAGGUACGCCUGGGCAUGAUAAAAGCGUAGCUACAGUUGACAUGGAUGGAAGAUUAAGAGCAGAUCAUAUUUGUACAGUAGAACAUACAGGCACUUCGGCUUCUGCGCCCUUAGCAGCCGGUAUAUGUGCUCUCGCUUUAGAAGCUAAUCCAGAUCUAACUUGGAGAGAUAUGCAAUAUCUAGUAGUAUUAACUUCUCGUUCACAACCAUUAGAAAAAGAAAAUGGAUGGAUCGUCAACGGCAUUAAAAGAAAAGUUAGUCAUAAGUUUGGUUAUGGUCUCAUGGAUGCGACUGAAAUGGUAAAUCUAGCUGAACAAUGGGUAUCGGUUCCUCCUCAGCAUAUUUGCAAAUCGCAGGAAAUUAACGAAGACAAACCUAUAGAAUCUUCUUAUGGUUACACUUUAAGUGUACAUAUGGAUGUUAAUGGGUGCAGUGGAACAGUUAAUGAGGUCAGGUAUCUUGAACACGUUCAAUGUAAAAUAUCAUUGAGAUUCUUUCCACGUGGAAAUUUACGAAUCUUGCUUACAUCACCAAUGGGAACUACCUCGACUUUAUUAUUUGAAAGACCUCGUGAUGUCAUUAGCUCUAAUUUUGAUGAUUGGCCAUUUUUAAGCGUUCAUUUUUGGGGUGAAAGAGCAGAAGGUAAAUGGACUCUCCAAAUUGUCAAUGCGGGUAACAGACACGUGAACCAACCGGGUAUCCUUAAAAAGUGGCAGUUAAUAUUUUAUGGUACUUCAACCGAUCCUGUAAAGUUGCGGUCUAAAAGACCUUCGCCAAUAUCGCCACCAUACGCUUUUCCAACAGCUGCUGAUGGAUACGAUUCGGUCGGGGAUUCUUUUUACAAUACUGACGCGUUUACCAAUUAUCAAAACUUCCCUACAUUAUUCGCCGCUGGCUCAGAUCCAGAAAAGGCUAUAGCAAGUCUCGACGGACAUAACGUUCCCUCACCGCAUGGGGAAAAUGUCCUCGCUGAUAGUAAUGAUAGGCGCGUCAUGCAUGAAUGUGACCCCGAAUGCGAUUCUCAAGGAUGCUAUGGAAAAGGACCUACCCAAUGUAUAACAUGUAAGCAUUAUCGUCUUGACGACGCUUGUGUGUCACGAUGCCCUCCAAGAAGUUAUGCGAACCAAGGUGGAGUUUGUUGGCCAUGUCAUGAAUCAUGUGAGACUUGUGUCGGACCUGGACAAGAUUCUUGUCUGACUUGUUCUCCAGCUCAUUUAUUAGUAGCGGAUUUAGGUUUAUGUUUACAACAAUGUCCUGAUGGAUAUUGGGAAGACAGCGAAGCGUCCGCUUGCCGGCCUUGCGCUGCUCAUUGUUCAACUUGUUCAGAACGAGCUGAUGCCUGUACAUCUUGUGAACAUCACUUAGUUUUAUAUAAUGGAACAUGUUCAGCCUCGUGCCCCCCCUCUACGUUUGAGAAUGAAGACUAUUUAUGUGCUAAAUGCCACCCCUCAUGUGAUACAUGUAUUGGCGCUGAAGAGACGCAUUGUGUUACGUGUCUCGCUUCGAACUACAUCCUUGAUGGUACCUGCUUGAGUACUUGUCCAAGUGGAUAUUAUUCUGAUAAAAAGAGAAAAGAGUGCAUGAAAUGUCCAGUCGGUUGUGCGUCCUGCUUGACCACAUUAUGUUUGACUUGCAACUCAAACUGGGAGUUGAAUAAGAAGGGAAAAUGCGUUGCCGUUGGUACCGAUCGGUGUUCCUCUAGAGAAUUCGCGGAUGGGAGUCAAUGUACCCCCUGUCAUAGUGAUUGUGAAUCUUGCUUUGGUGAAACAGAAGCAAAUUGUCUUACGUGCGCCACGCCAGCCUUGCUACAAAAUCACAAAUGUGUAUCAGAAUGCAGUCGAGGUUAUUACGCCGAAGCUGGGCGUUGUACGCGAUGCAUGCACGGCUGCGCGGAUUGUGUAUCACGUUUGAACUGCACUUCAUGUACCGGCUCUUUGAGGCUGCAAUCUGGUGCUUGCAGAACUGCCUGCGCUGAGGGGUAUUACGCGGAUCGCGGAACCUGCUCUAAGUGCUAUUUGUCAUGCCGCACUUGUAUAGGGCCGAGACGCGAUCAGUGUGCUUCUUGUCCACCGGGUUGGAGGUUAGCCGCUGGAGAGUGCCAUCCUGAAUGUCCUCAAGGUUUCUACCAAACUGAUGAUGGUUGUCGUCACUGUCAUCACUACUGUCGCGAGUGUAACGGUUCCGGCCCGCUACACUGCACGUCCUGCCCCCCACGCUUCAUGCUAGAUGGCGGGCUCUGUAUGGAAUGCCUCGGAUCCCAGUACAUGGAAACCAAUAGUGGAAUGUGUCGCGCUUGCGACGAAUCGUGUCGAACGUGUUCGGGUCCAGGGCAAUACAGCUGUUCUGGUUGUUCGAGACCCUUGCGUUUUGAUAGAUUAAACAAUCAGUGCGUCCGGUGCUGCUCCGAGCGAGGGAUAGCCGCUAAUGCUACAGCUUUACCUGAUUGCUGCCACUGUCACCCUGAUACCGGGGAAUGCAUAAAUUCUUCCGUGGCUGGGAAGCGUCGUAUCCCCGAGUGGAGCGCGCUCCACACCGCGCAGAGUGACGCCGCGCCGCACGCGCUCGCCAGCGUCGUCGCAGCCGUCGCGGCGCUAGCGGUCACCGUGUUCAUCGUCGCUAUGAUAGUCACACAGCAGAUGAGAAGAUCGCAACAACCUCAAUCACGUUCGAAGGGAGCGUACUACUCGCCACUCGCGUGCACGGACGAAGGUGACGUCACAGUGCUGGGAUCGCGGACGACCUUCCCGGUCAGCGAAUACGAGCAGGAACCGCUUCUCGAACAUUCCACAUAGCACGCUGUGAUGUAGACGUAAGUGAAGUAGACGUAGCGAGUUUACGAUCUCGGCUACCGAAUGUAGGUCUUAUCCAAUUGUAUUAGAGUUCAUUUUACAAAGAAACAGGAAAAUAGACGCUAUUUUUUUUUCUUACGAAAUAAAAAUCCUAUUCAAAGAUCCUAUCGUAUUGGGUAGAUUUAUGUGAUUUGUUUUUUUUUUUUUUUUCUUAACAAUCAAAGAUGUAUUUUCAAAUAGUAUUUUUAUGAAACGUAACGAACCGUAUUCUGAUACAAUAAACUAAUGUAUUGUAAUAAAAUAAAUCGUUCGAUUGAAAGUAAUUAUAUAUUAGUUGUAAUAAAUGGUCGCAAAUAUAGAUAAUAUAUAAUAAUAUGUCGUACGGUGGACCACUUGGCACUUGUUAAAAUAUUAGCCGUAAGAUUGUGUUUACAGAAUGAUAUAGUGAAGGCUCAAAACAGAUAUAGUACAGAAUUAAUGAUUUUUUAUUUUAUAUUCAUUCAUUCAUUCAUUUAGUUUGGCAGAUUAAAAUAACAGAUAAUAUAUUUAAUAUUGGCGCUAAAACUGACAGCGAUCGAUUUUACGCGGGAAUGAACAAAUUCAUUUUUAAACGUUUGAAAUUACAUUUUUUUUUUUAUAUUAGCGUCACAAUAUGCAUCAAUUUACGUUCAUAUAAAAACGUAUUGUUUUGAUAUCAUUUUUAAUAACCAGAUCCAAUAUUAUAUUGGAAGCGAUCAUAUGAUUUCGUUACUGUUAAUCCGAAAGGUCGUAUUUCAAAUUGUCUGUUUCCAUGUUAACUAGCGUCGCUCUUAAAAAAAACUAAAUUAAAAUUUAAAUUAAAUUUAAAAUUAGAAAAUAAUAUAACAUACGCCCUUUUGCAAUAACAGUCGCAAUAAACGAUGUCGCAAACGCAGAGUUUCUUGUUACUUUUUCUAUCCUAAAGUUUGGUCGAAUUUAAUAUUGAAAUUUAUUAUGACUAUUAUUUAAAGAUUUUUUAUUUCAAAACAACAGAUUUUAUGACGAUUAUGUUGAACGUCGGGGAGUUCCAUAGCUCGGAACCAAUUAGGGCUUGAUUACUAACCGAUUAGUAAAAUUUUAACUUCGUAGGAUCACAGGAAAUGGUUCUAAUCAAUUUGUUAGAUGUGUCUUUGACAAACAAACAUUGCAAGUUAAAUAUAAAGAUAUCCUUAUCGGUCAGUCAAUUUGGGUAACUUUGAAACGUAGUCGAACUUUAAAUAUAUAAUACAUAAUAUAUUCAUUGAUGUCAUGAUAAAUAUAUUUUUUUAAGAAACGCGACUACAUCGCUUAUUCCAAAACACUAAAGUGAUUGCAACUUGCUCUAUUUUGAUAUAAUCAUUCAAUAUGAAUAUUAAGCUGCACUUAAAAAAAAAAAAUCACGUCGAUAGAUUUGUCUGAUUCUAAGUUACCCAAAAUUCAAUAAUUUGGUUUCAAUAUUCAAUGCUUAGAUCGUUUAAUAUCUAUAUACGAGUGUCACACUACAAAAGAACUGAGCGAAAUGAACAAACGCGCCAAUUUUAUUAUGAUAUGAUACGCCUGUGACUCGUCAAACGUACUAUUUAAAUGGUGUACUUUGUGGCUAUCAGACAUUUAAAGCAAAAUAAGAUUAUUUCGUGUAUUAAUUAAAUACAAUUAUUUGGUUAUGUAUCCGAACUGAAAGUAAUUGCUUAUAAAAUACCCAAAAAUUAUUCGCUAAUUUUAACGAUAUUCGAAUAGUGGACACGAUUCGAACAACAAAAAAGUUUUUAUAUCUGAAAUAAAAUAUUGUCCAAAAAAUUCUGAUCCGCUAUAAAAUCGAAGAAGGUCCCAUUUACGGCUCUUUAAUCCCGGUCAACGCUUGACCCGGUCACAUAGCGACCCUUAUUAGCCGAUCUUGUUUACCGAUCGUAAAACGAAAAUUUGCUCGCGUUCCCAUAUUAAAUCUAGAUUGUUUCUUGAAAUCCGCUUACAAAAUACAGUCUCCAAAGUAUAUAGUCAAAUAUUGAGGCCUCGAUUCGAGUUAGUUAGGUUUCGGUCGUUAGAAUCAAUAGUUACUCUCGGGCCUUUUGCUUGCACAGUCAGAGUUGCCAGUCCUCGGACCGCAAUACACAGAACCUUUAAGUUAUAAUUGAUUAGCACACUCUCCCCCUAUCUCUGUAUUGAACUUUAAUUGUUUCCUAUAACAGUUAAUCAAAAUUAUUAACAAAAAUUAAAUCAUUGAAUUUUGAAAAUUUCGAUAUCGAAACGUGAUGUAAUUAAGGAACAAUUAUUCGUGAAAUUUGAAUACAAGAAUAAACAAAUGUCACGUCAAUGAGCUAAAUUAAAAAAAAAAAAUCAAAAACGCGCCGCAUGUUCUGGUAUAAAUUUUAUAUUUAGCGGUUUCGUAGUUUUCAUAGAUAGGUAUUAUAAAAAAAAAUCUCCUCGUUUAUAAGUAGAUAGGGUUUUUAUAUAAAAAGGUAACAAAAACAAUGCGAACGAUAAUUUAAUUUAAAAUGAACCAUUUAUUACAUAACAUUAAGCCGCUAAUACAGAUUAAAAAUAAUGUUUUUGGUGACGCUACAUUAAAAAAUCACUUUUCAUUUCGCUCUCUUUUUAAGAAGGUCACUAUUUUUUUUUCUGUAAAAUUCCUGUUAAUUUUAAGUAGUAUAGGCUCAAAAGUUACCAGAAAUAAAUAAUGUACAAUAUGUUUUUCAAUAAUCCGUCAUGUGGUGGUUACGACCUUUUUUAUUAUGAUAUUAUUUUUUCGGUUCUUUGAUUUUAUACAAUAUUAAAAAAAAAUAAUGUCAAUUGAAAGUAACUCUUACCUUGUCAUUACUUGUCUUUAUGUUUAAGUAGGAAGUAAAGCCUCGAUCACAUUGUGAAUCCGCAUAUGCGAGAUUAUUUUUUUAAUUUAACGGUACAGUGUAGUCGAAGCUUAUUAUUUGUUAGUUAUAAAUUUAUUUGUUCGAUUUGGAACUACAAACCUAGCGGAAAUAUACUAUUUUAUGUUUAUUAAACUUUUUUAUACUUUAUUGAUAUUUUAGUUAAAUUUUGUUAAAAUUAAUCGGUGAAUUACACAAAAUUAAUAAUAAAAUACAGAUAAGAAAUAUAUCUAACAACUAACAAUGUUACCAUUAACAUCACAAAUGUAAAUAAAUAGUUAGAUUGUUGAAUUGUUAAAAUAAUAAAUUAUUAUGUCAAUAGAUAAAAUUAUAAUUGUAAUUGUUUUUGGAUUACGUUUUUAAGCGACAUUUUUCAUAAGGGUUUUUUAUUGCCGUUAAAAAAUGGCGUCACUACAGAUCUGUCAAAAAAUAUAGAGAAAUUGUGUGUUUUGAUUACAAAUUAUAUUAUGACUUGUAUUUGUCAAUUAAAAUUAUGAAAUUUCAUAUUUUCUAUGCGUGUAUGUUUAUUUGCUUUUAAUAUAGAUUUUUAUGUACUUAGUUUUAAAAGUCUUGACAUCUGAUUUGGACGCAUAUUUCAGUGUCGAAGUUUGCAUAAUUUCGAAUGUAUUGUUUUUUUUUAACAAAAUUUUUUAUUGUUUACUUGGUGUUUUGAUCUGUCUUAAGUGAUUUUAUAAUUUGUUUUUGUGAAAAUCAUUUUAAUUAAAAACGUAUUUUUGUAUGGAAUAUUCUUAUGUGCAAAUAAUAUUUAUAAUAAAAACAACUCUGUGUCACA